AUGACCGACCGGAGUGCCCCAAGACCAGCUAUCUCCAUCCCUGACGGCGGCUUCUUCAGUGCUUUCGCCGAGGCUACAGUCCAAGCCUCACCUGCUGCUGUAUACAAGGCUCUGGUUGACACUUCGCUCAUCGGCCAAUGGAACAAUUUUGUAUCGGCUGUGGCCAUCAACAAGCGUCCUGAAGCCGAUUCGCGAUCAAAUGAUACUCUGAUGAGGAAGGAUAUGGUCAUGACUUUCACCGUGCACAUGACUCCCUCCAUGACCACUUCCAGCAAAGAGCUGGUCACCCAAGUCGACGACUGUCCAUCUGGCUCUGAGAAAGGCAGAAUCACUCGUAUCCGAUGGAUCAUGGCCAACAAAGAAAACUUCACUCGUUUGUUGAGCAGUCUCUCUAUUGAUCGUGGUAGUACUGACAUGUCUUUCCAGCCANAAUUCUUCUUGGCGGCAGAAAGGGUAAACGAGAUCGAAGACCUAGGAGACGGAACCUGCAUCUAUAGGUCAUGGGAGACAUUUGGGGGUCUCGCUGCUCGCGUGGUAAAGUGGAAGUUUGGAGAUUCUCUACAAAAGAAUUUCGAGCAUUGGGUCGAGGGACUGCAGAAAUAUGUCGAAGAAAAAGAGAAACUGGUAAAAGAAAGGGAUAAUGCUGUUGAACUGCCAGUUUGA